AUGAACAUUCUCGCUUCUGUUCCAUUCGACUUUCAAGCCAAAGUAACUGCCUUAGAAGAUGCUCACAAUAUUGAUACAAUGGAUCAUCUAGCUCUUUUUGCUGAAUUGGAACAAUUUGAGAAAAAGAUGCAUUCCAAGAAGCAUGAUGCUUCGCUGAAAAGGGAGAAAGGCAAGGACAAGGCUAAGUACUCAAGUAGCAUAAAGCCCUCCAAGGAAUCAAAGGAUCAGAACUGCUUCGAAUGUGGAAAGCCUGGUCACUUUAAGAAGGACUGCUACAAGCUGAAGUCAAAACAGCCUGCUGUUUCUAAAGAAAAGAAGAAGAAAUCUAAAGCACUUCUGACUUGGAGUGAUGAUGAAGAAGAAUCUGCAUCCAAUGAUGAAUCUGGUGAGGAACUGAUCAAUCUUGCACUUGUUGGCAUGGAGGAUGACAAUGUUCGAGGACUCACCGAUGAUGGUCUUGUCGAAACUGACUCCGAGGAUGACAACAGUGAGGUUAGUUCGUUCAAGUUUGAUAUUUCCAAUGAUAAUCUUGUGCUAGAACAACUAACCAUGCAGGAGCAAGAUCAUAUUCCGAAUGAGGAAUAUAAUUCUCUCAAGGCAGAAAACAGCAAGCUGAUUGAAAAGAACAACUAUCUUAAGAACAUGGUUCAAGAGCUUAUGCAGAAGAUAGACAAAUUCUUUGACUCCAAAGAGCCUACUCAAGGCAGAAUAAAGGAACUUCAAGAAAAGCUAGAUCAAGCUGAAGGGUUUCAUAAAGUUUUGAUGAGACGAAAUGAAGUUCAGAAAGAAGAAAUCUCCCAGCUGAAACAAGAAGUAGAAGCCAGAGAUGCAUGCCUAGAGACAUUCAAAUUAAAAGAAUCCACAAAGCUGCAUACAUCUCAGCCUGCUCCCAGUACAUCUCAGCCUGCUGCAAGUACUUCACAACCCACUGCUACAACAAAACAGCAAGCUUAA